AUGAAGACCAGAAAGAACAAGCGUUUGGUCACAGAAUGUGGCGAGGUCAAAGAUCUUCUUGCGGAGCACUACCACAACGUAUUUCAAGAGCUGGUAAUCUCAACCAAUCUCUCCAACUUGCACGCCACCCUUUGCAACUACCAGGGCUUUGAGUAUCGCGUGCACGGCUUUCCAAAGCUGUUCAAAUCUAGUCUGGUCAAUGAGAUGGUUCCACUUGAUAAAGGACCAAUCAACGUUGGCCUUCAAGAAUUUACCUCCAUUUGCAUGGAGCACUGUGGCGAAUCGCUGCGAUCGUGCUACAAAAAGCUAACCAUAAAGCAGAUCAUCAGUGUGGUGUACCAGGUUCUGCUAAGUCUGGCCGCCGCCGAGGCCACCUUCGAGUACGAGCACCGUGAUCUACACCUGGGCAACAUUAUGGUGCGCAGCACAAAGAACCCCACCGUGCACUUUGUGGUCGCCUCGAGGGAGUACAAAGUGGACACCGAGGGGAAGCGUGCCUUCAUCAUCGACAACACCUUUGCUCGGAUGCGCAUCGGCUCCCACCACUACUACACCAAUCUCACCGACCGACUGGCCACCCUGGCGCGAGACGCCAAGAACCCGAAUAAGGUGCAGAGUGACCAGGACAAAAUCUACGUGGGCAUGUACUACAGUGCCUGCGGCAACUGGGCCAAGUGGAUGCCGCGCACCAACCUGGAGUGGAUGAGCUUCAUCAUCCACCGAUUCCUCAAGAACGUUCAGCUGAACAAGGACGGCGAUGACCGCUUCGCUGCUGAGCUGGAGGCACUGCACCAUCAGAUUAAAAGCUGCAAAACGCUGAAGAGUGUCCUAAACAGCAUUGACAAAAAGUAA